AAAGAGUUGUGUUUGAGGGAGAUGAGAUAGUAGAAGAUAAAUAAACAAUCAAAAACAGGAACACACAAUUAAGAAUCAUAAAAGGUUUUGGUGCAAAAAUGUGUUCCUUGUCACAGCAAAGCUUCCUCAUCCCUUUACCAACACUUCUUAACCCAAAUUUCAGGAGCAGCAGGACGAGGAAGACUGUGGUGGUCUACUGCAGUUGCACACAGCCACAACACGAUGAUCAACAACAACAAUCUUUAACUCCAUUAAGGAAGAAAAAUGAGAACAAGUUAGGGAAGUUAGCAAUGAUUGCAGUGGCUGCUGGUGUUUUAACGUUUGGAUCAGUUCAUGAUGCAUCAGCUGCCAAAACUGGUGGCAGAAUUGGUGGUCAGUCCUUCAGAUCAUCCGCUCCUCGCCCCUCUUCACCAAGAAUCAACAAUAACAAUUCCAGGACCAACAUCUACAUAAAUCCACGGGUGGCGCCUCCACUAGUUGGUGGAUACGGGUACGGUGGUGGAUACGGGUACGGUGGUGGUUGGGGAUGGUCUCCAUUUUCUUUCUUUGCACCAGGUCCAAGUGUCGCAGUAGGCGUUGGAGGUGGAUUUGAUACUCUGCUUCUGUUUAUGUUUUUUGGUGCUGCAGCCGCAGUUGUGAGGAAAUUCUUGGGAGGAUCAAGAAAUGUUGAUGAUGAUGAUGAUUACUAGCUUGCUGGCUAGCAGUACAAAAAGCUUUUCAAUACUUAUACUUGAUUAAUUGAAGAGAGUGUCGUGUUAAAUAUAGAUGUUUAAAGGAAUGAAAGAUCGAACAUAUGAGUGACCAAUAUUUUGGUCAUUUGAGAUAUAUAUUUUACUUGAAAGAGAAGCAAUCAUAUAGAGCGUGAA